CCCUCGGCGGCGCACCGUGACAGAAGCCGGCCAUGCAGGAGCCGCUGCUGGGAGCCGAGGGCCCGGACUAUGACACCUUCCCCGAGAAGCCGCCCCCGUCGCCAGGGGAGAGGACGCGGGUCGGGGCCCUGAGGAACAGGAGGGUGUUCCUGGCUACCUUCGCGGCUGUACUGGGCAACUUCAGCUUCGGGUAUGCCCUGGUCUACACCUCCCCCGUCAUCCCAGCCCUGGAGCGCUCCUCGGAUCCAAACCUGAGUCUGACCAAAUCCCAGGCGUCCUGGUUCGGGUCCGUGUUCACCCUGGGUGCGGCGGCCGGGGGCCUCAGCGCCAUGGUCCUCAACGACCUCCUGGGCCGGAAGCUCAGCAUCAUGUUCUCAGCGGUGCCCUCGGCGGCUGGCUACGCACUCAUGGCGGGCGCCCACGGCCUCUGGAUGCUGCUCCUGGGGAGGAUGCUGACGGGCUUCGCUGGGGGGCUUACAGCUGCCUGCAUCCCGGUGUACGUGUCUGAGAUUGCUCCCCCUGGCGUCCGAGGGGCCCUGGGCGCCACACCCCAGCUCAUGGCGGUGUUCGGGUCACUGUCCCUCUACGCCCUUGGCCUGCUGCUGCCGUGGCGCUGGCUGGCCGUGGCCGGGGAGGCGCCUGUGCUCGUCAUGGUCCUGCUGCUCAGCUUCAUGCCCAACUCGCCCCGCUUCCUGCUCUCGAAGGGCAGGGACGCGGAGGCCCUGCAGGCGCUGGCCUGGCUGCGAGGGGCUGGCACGGACAUCCGCUGGGAGUUCGCGCAGAUCCAGGACAACGUCCGGAGACAGAGCAGCCACCUGUCGUGGGCCGAGGCCCGGGACCCCCACGUGUACCGGCCCACCGCCAUCGCCCUGCUGAUGCGCUUCCUGCAGCAGCUGACGGGCAUCACGCCCAUCCUCGUCUACCUGCAGUCCAUCUUCGACAGCACGGCCGUCCUGCUGCCCCCCGAGGACGACGCGGCCGUCGUGGGGGCCGUGCGGCUGCUGUCUGUGCUCAUCGCCGCCUUUACCAUGGACUUGGCCGGCCGCAAGGCUCUGCUCUUCGUCUCUGCGGCCAGCAUGUUUGCCGCCAACCUGACCCUGGGGCUGUACGUCCACUUCAGUCCGAAGCCUCUGACUCCCAACAGCACCACGGGCCUGGACGGCGUGUCCCUGGGGGGCACAGAGCAGCCCCCGGCCACGCCCGCCAGCUACCUCACCCUGGUGCCUCUGUUGGCCACCAUGCUCUUCAUCAUGGGCUACGCCAUGGGCUGGGGGCCCAUCACCUGGCUCCUCAUGUCCGAGAUCCUGCCCCUGCGGGCCCGCGGCGUGGCCUCGGGGCUCUGCGUGCUGGUCAGCUGGCUCACCGCCUUUGCCCUCACCAAGUCCUUCCUGCUGGUGGUGAACGCCUUCGGCCUGCAGACACCUUUCUUCUUCUUCGCUGCGGUAUGCUUGGUGAACCUGGCUUUCACUGGCUGCUGCGUGCCUGAGACCAAGGGCCGGUCACUGGAGCAGAUCGAGUCCUUCUUCCGUACGGGGAGGAGGUCCUUCCUGCACUAG